AUUCGUGAUGAGUUUAUUGAGGUGAAAAUGGAAAAGUUUGAUGGCUUUGAAUACACAAAGAAAGAUCUUAUUGGUCACGGCGCAUUUGCAAUCGUCUACAAAGGUCGAUAUGCCGAUCUGACAAAAAAGAAGCUAAAAAAUGAACUCUGUCUUGUAAAAUGUAUUUUGCAUGCUUUUCAGCAGAAGGACGUUCCGGUGGCUAUAAAAAGCAUUGCGAAGAAGAGUUUAACGAAAUCUAAAAAUUUGCUUACCAAAGAAAUCAAAAUACUCAAAGAAUUAUCGAAUUUACAGCAUGAGAAUUUAGUAGCGUUAUUGAAAUGCGUGGAGACGCCGACGCACGUUUUCCUGGUAAUGGAAUACUGUAAUGCAGGAGAUCUCGGUGAUUAUUUGCAGAGCAGAGUUACGCUUCCGGAAGUCACUAUCCAGCAUUUCCUUGUUCAUAUUGCUCACGCUAUCGAAGCAAUCAACAAAAAAGGAAUUGUGCAUAGGGAUUUGAAACCUCAGAAUUUGUUGCUGUGCAAUCCAAGUCAACGACCGAAUCCUCCGGCUACAGAUCUGAUUGUAAAACUUGCUGAUUUUGGUUUUGCUCGCUUUUUAGGCGAUGGACACAUGGCAGCUACUUUAUGUGGGUCGCCAAUGUAUAUGGCUCCUGAAGUAAUAAUGUCACUGCAGUAUUGUGCGAAAGCCGAUCUCUGGUCCGUAGGGACGAUUAUUUUCCAGUGCCUGACGGGUAAAGCUCCAUUUCAAGCACAAACACCGCAAGCACUGAAACAGUUCUACGAACGGAACAAAGAGCUUCGGCCGAACAUACCGACAUAUUGCAGCCCGUUAUUAAAGGAUUUAUUGCUCGGUUUGCUAAAAAGGAAUUCCAAGGAUCGGUUAGAAUUUGGUAAGAUUUGGACUCCUGAACAAGUACCAGAAAAAAUUUCCAAAAAAUUGAGUCCGUGCAUUUUUUUUUUUUUUUAUUUUCUUUUUUUUGAUUCAAUUUUCGUCCCGGGCUCUCGGGUGUCACUUACGCCCUCAUGAAA